AACAACGAGAAAACCAACAACGGCAUCCACUACAAACUGCAGCUGCUCUACAGCAACGGAGUUCGAACCGAGCAGGACCUGUAUGUUCGCCUCAUCGACUCAAUGACCAAACAGGCCAUCGUCUAUGAGGGCCAGGACAAAAACCCGGAGAUGUGCCGCGUGCUGCUGACCCACGAGAUCAUGUGCAGCCGGUGCUGUGACAAGAAAAGUUGUGGCAAUAGAAACGAGACGCCCUCAGACCCUGUUAUCAUCGACAGAUUCUUUCUAAAGUUUUUCCUCAAGUGUAAUCAGAACUGUUUGAAGAAUGCAGGCAACCCUCGGGACAUGCGGAGGUUCCAGGUGGUUGUGUCCACAACGGUCAACGUGGACGGCCACGUGCUGGCUGUGUCCGACAACAUGUUUGUACACAACAACUCCAAACACGGGCGGCGGGCCCGCCGCCUGGACCCGUCAGAAGCCACUCCGUGCAUCAAAGCCAUCAGCCCCAGUGAAGGCUGGACAACAGGGGGAGCCACUGUCAUCAUAAUUGGAGACAACUUCUUUGACGGCCUGCAAGUCGUGUUCGGAACGAUGUUGGUGUGGAGCGAGCUGAUCACGCCGCAUGCCAUCCGCGUGCAGACCCCCCCGCGGCACAUCCCUGGAGUUGUCGAGGUCACCCUUUCCUACAAAUCCAAACAGUUCUGCAAAGGAGCCCCUGGACGGUUCGUCUACACCGCCCUUAACGAACCGACCAUAGAUUACGGCUUUCAGAGGUUGCAGAAGGUGAUCCCGAGACAUCCCGGUGAUCCUGAAAGAUUACCCAAGGAAGUAUUACUUAAGAGAGCAGCGGACCUCGUGGAAGCCUUAUAUGGAAUGCCUCAUAACAACCAGGAGAUCAUCCUCAAGCGAGCAGCUGACAUCGCGGAAGCCUUGUACAGCGUCCCCCGCAACCACAACCAGAUCCCCACCCUGGGCAACACGCCCGCGCACACCGGCAUGAUGGGCGUGAACUCCUUCAGCAGCCAGCUAGCAGUCAAUGUCUCCGAGACAUCGCAAGCCAACGACCAAGUCGGCUACAGUCGCAAUACAAGCAGCGUGUCCCCGCGAGGAUACGUCCCCAGCAGUACUCCCCAGCAGUCCAAUUACAACACAGUCAGCACUAGCAUGAACGGAUAUGGAAGUGGCGGCAUGGCCAGUCUAGGGGUCCCUGGCUCGCCUGGAUUUCUUAAUGGCUCCUCUGCUAACUCGCCCUACGGCAUGAAACAAAAGAGCGCCUUCGCGCCCGUGGUCCGGCCCCAAGCCUCUCCUCCUCCUUCCUGCACCAGCGCCAAUGGAAACGGACUCCAAGCAAUGUCUGGGCUGGUAGUCCCACCGAUGUAAGGCCACUUUUGUUACCUGCCAUAGCACCAAGCAUCCAAGGACGGGCUUCAGGGGACACGUUUCGUAUAUUAAGACAUGGUGACAGAGACGGUAUCUUCAGAACAAAGCAGCGGCAGUUGAGAUGCUACAAAAGACUGUUUAAAGAUUUUAUUUAAACUGUUACCGAUCAGCCUGCACACCACCUACUUCUUCACGAACAAUUCCAUUUUACUGACUGAACUUUUGUCCUAUUUUCACAUUUCUCAGUCCUGAAGAAUAAUCCGGAAAGCAAAGCGAGGCCUAUUUUGUACAAAGUUCCUGACUCCGUCUUGGCCAUGUCUAGUACUUGCUAUGUGUUGGGAGAACUUCGUGCGUGCGUCAUCUUCAUCCUCAUGAACACUGCUGAACAAGCCCCCGGCAUUUUUCUGUACUCAUACUUAGAUUCACAAUGGUUGUGUAUCUCUAUAAUGUGAAAUAUUUUUUUGUGGUGAAAAAAAGGGGGCCAAGGAGGUUAUGAUCCAUCCGACUGGACAAAAAGGAUGACUAUGAUUAGGAGAUUCUGGGGUGGCAGGGGGGGAGGGAGGGCUUAUCAUUGCGUAACUUCAUCUUAAUGAAAUGAGACUUUGUAACUUAUUGUAGUUAGAAAUUGUAACUUUGAUAUUGAAUUCUCUUGCCUUCAACAAGCACACUGACAGAAAAAAUGCUACUGUCUGUUGGUUAAAACCUUCUCCCACUGCUAGAGCUUCCUGUUAAGCAAAUGUGAUCUGCAACAUUUUUUCAACUUUUGCUAGCACUGUAUACUAUUGCAUUCUUAGGCUACUGUGAGGUCCUUGUUUCUUGUACCAGAAAAUUGUCCUUUUGACUUCUAGAUCCUCCUUCCCUAAUGUGUUUUGUAUGUGGUUAUAAAAUUGUAGACUUUUGUGAUUUUGCCAAAGUUGUAGCUAAAUAUUUAUACACUUGUCUUGAAUUUUUUUCAGAAUCCACUUAAAUAUUUAGAAGAACAGGUUUUAUUCCUUAUGUGUCUUAUAAGGAAUAAAACCGCCUCCACGACUUUCCCAUGAACACCCGCAGUUGCUGAGGAACUUUAUUUUGUAACAUAUCGAUUAUAAAUAUUGUAUUUAUCUUUGAGGUUUUGUACAUUGCUCCCCCGUUUCUUUCUCGUCUGUACCGUGUUUGCUCAUAGCCUGGUGUUGUGCUGCCGAGAAGGGCAUUCAGCCGAGAGCUGUCUCUUCUCUCCGUUUUGUUCAAAUGGACCUGUCCUUACGUUUCAUUUGUACUUCAGACGUUUGUUAUUGUUUAGACUUUCCAUCCUUUCAUUUUUUUGUUUUUUAUUUUGAGGAAAAGUCAAAUUCAUUGUUUAUUUUUAUAUGAUUUUUUUUAAGUUAUCUGAACAAAUAAUUUUUUUGAAAAAAAAAAAAGUGUGUUGUAUAGUCAAAACAAAACGGUGCAUCCAGUGGUGGGCAGCCCCAGUAGACCCCCUGCAUGUGG